UCUCCUCUUCUGUGUCUUCUCCCGUGAGCACCUCCACGGCACCACCACACCAACCCAGACUGGUCGUCACCGCUUGGCCAGUAGGAAGCUCCCGUCGGCCUGGCUAGUCCGGCACGUCCGCCCUUCCUCGCGUUUUGGGUUCCAUCGGGAGCACCACUUCUCGCUAGAGUCCAGCUGAGCUCCAUGGCUGCUUUCUGGUUGGUGCAGUUGUUAAUGCUGGCCGUCACUGCUGCCUGGGUACUUCGUACAUGGAUAGCACCAAGAAGGUUCGGCAAGAAGGCACCGCAGACGACGACGUACCCGCCGGGGCUGGAGCCGUACCCGCUGAUCGGCCACAUGCCUCAGAUGAUGGCGAACCGGCACCGCUUGCUGGACUGGAUGACCGAGGUCCUCGCGCGCCAGCCCACCUGCACGAUCGUGCUGCACCGGCCAGGCGGCCUGCGGGGCGCCAUCACCGCGAACCCGGCGAACGUGGAGCACUUCCUGCGCGCCAGCUUCGACAACUACCCCAAGGGGCCCCGGGUCGUGUCCCUGAUGCACGACUUCCUCGGCCGGGGCAUCUUCAACGCCGACGGCGAGGCCUGGCGCGCGCAGCGGAAGGUGGCCAGCCACGAGUUCAACACGCGCUCCCUCCGCGCCUUCGUAGCGCGCUGCGUGCACUCCGAACUCCACGGCCGCCUCCUCCCGCUGCUGCGCCGCGCCGCGGCGUCGGGCGCCGGGCUCGACCUUCAGGACGCGCUCGAGCGGUUCGGCUUCGACAACAUCUGCCGCGUCGCCUUCGACCACGACCCGCGCCAGCUCCCGGUCGACGGUGAUGAUGACGACGGCACUGCGCCGGCGGACGGCGGCAGCUUCGCCGGCGCGUUCCGCGACUCCGCGAAUCUCAGCGUGGGCCGGUUCCGCUACGCCAUCCCGGGGUUCUGGAAGGUCAAGAGGGCGCUGGACGUGGGGUCCGAGCGGCGGCUGCGCGAGUCCAUCGCCAUGGUGCACGGCUUCGCCGAUCGCAUCAUCCAGUCGCGCCGGGAGGAGAUGCUGAGGGACGGCUUCGAGAAGCACGACCUCCUGUCGCGGUUCAUGGCGAGCCAAGACGAGAGCUUCUCCGAGUCCGAGGGGGGCCUCCGCGACGUCGUGACCGGCUUCCUCCUCGCGGGGCGGGAGAGCACGUCCUCGGCGCUUACCUGGUUCUUCUGGCUGCUCUCCUCGCGUCCCGACGUGCAGCGCCGCAUCCGCGACGAGGUCGCCGAGGUGCGCGCCCGCCGUGCACAGGGCGAUGCCGAAUCCGUCGUCGGGUUCGACCUCGAAGAGCUCCGCGAGAUGCACUACGUGCACGCGGCCAUCACGGAGUCGAUGCGGCUGUACCCUCCGGUUCCUGCGAACUCGCUGCACGUGCAGGCGGACGACGUCCUCCCCGACGGCACGGCCGUGCGGGCGGGUUGGUUCGUGGGGUACAACUUGUACGCGAUGGGGCGGAUGGAGUCGGUCUGGGGAGAGGACGCGCGGGAGUACAGGCCGGAGCGGUGGCUGAACCCCGCCGACGGGACGUUCAGGCCGGACAGCCCGUUCCGGUUCGUGGCGUUCCACGCCGGACCGAGGGCGUGCAUGGGCAAGGAGAUGGCUUACAUCCAGAUGAAGUCCAUCGUGGCGAGCGUGCUGGAGGAGCUAGACGUGGCGGUGGACGGCGCGUACAGGCCCCGGCAGGUCGCGUCGCUGACGCUGCGGAUGGCGGAAGGGCUCCCCGUGACCGUGAAGCCGAGACGGGACUGACGAGACUGCUGUUAUAUGACUCCGAAAACCGAUCUCUGCGCCAGGUUAAACCUGUUUUGCAUCCGAUCAUGAGAAGCUUAUCAGCGAAAAUUCCACCCAAACGUCUUGCUUGAAUUUCGCUAAUCUAAAAGCUGCUUAGUAGAGAAGCAUCUGAACAACAACGUCGACCUCAUAUUCUUGUACGCGGAUCCGAACCAGCUUAUCUCCUAAGCCAGGCUAG